AUGGCAGCGAACAAUGUGUUCGAAGGUCUAUUGACCUUCUGGCAUUCUUACCGUCUUCCUGUUCUUGUGGCCGUCUUUUCAAUAGUUAUUAUUGUAUGGGCUUAUCGCAAACUUCAACCUAAAUCGAAAACCGCCGCCGCAUCGUCAGUCCCAACAUCGCCUCGGAGUCAGUCGCCACGGAAGGCCGAAAAAGAAACGUUGGGUGAUAUCAAACAGGGUACUGAAGAGAAGAACACCCAACGUUUAGCGGAGAAUGAGACUCUCGCAAAAUCUGCAUCGGGUCCCAAGAGGCUGUCUGGCAAGAAGCCGCUGAAAGUUGCUGGUCGACGUGGGGGAUCCGAUCAGGGAGCCCCUUUGUCCUUUAUUCAGCCCAUCAUAUUUUUUGCGUCAUUGACAGGGACCACCGAGAGAUACGCACAGAAGCUGCAAGAGGACCUCCGUGUUGCCACGCAGAACCAAGCCGAUCCUGAGAACCAUGAACGCGGCAUUCUUUCUCCCCAAAUCCAUGACCUGUCAUACGUUGACUUCGAUGACUACUUUACUACUGCGCCUAAACCUCCGCCAACAUCACCAGGAACUCGCUACUUGUAUUGCUUAUUGAUCCCUACAUAUAACAUCGAUACCGUUCUCAAUACGUUCCUGGACCAUUUGAAUGAGACCCACAAUGACUUCCGUAUCGACACGGGAUCUUUGUCAAGCUUGGCUGGCUAUGCCGUCUUUGGGUUUGGGGAUAAGGAAGGUUGGCCUACAGAAGAGGAAGGAUUCUGCUCACAGGCCAAGGAACUGGACAGAUGGAUGGCCAAACUCACUGGCCGGAAGAGAGCUUAUCCUCUGGGAUUUGGUGACGUGAAGAAUGACGCCGAGUCUGCCCUCAAAGAAUGGUCUCAUGGAAUGCAAGAUGUCAUGGCCGAUAUCUUGGCAAGUGGUGGCCUGGGUGAGGGUGUUCCCGGAAGUGGUGAUCCUCUGGAAAGUGACGACGAGGACCUUGAGGAUGCCUCAGACGAUAACAAAUCGAAAUCCCGCAAGAAGGCUCAAAAUGUUGUGGACUUGGAAGACAUCAAAAUGGCUGCCGAAAACCAGGGCGGAUCAGGGUCGCCUAUCCCAGUGGAUUUUACCACUGACGGCAAGUCAUCUGCAUUGCCUAGCCAAUUGACUGCGAAGGAAAUGGUCCCCAAAACGUCUCCCACAUACGCCGCUUUGACUAAGCAGGGGUAUACAAUUGUUGGAUCCCACUCUGGUGUCAAAAUUUGCCGUUGGACCAAGUCGGCCCUACGUGGCCGUGGCUCAUGCUACAAGUAUUCUUUCUAUGGUAUUCGGUCUCAUCUUUGCAUGGAGGCGACUCCGUCUCUUUCAUGUAGCAACAAAUGUAUCUUUUGUUGGCGACAUGGUACUAAUCCCGUUGGAACCACUUGGCGCUGGAAGGUUGAUUCCCCUGAGUUGAUUUUUCAGGGAGUUAAAGAAGGCCACUAUAAAAAGAUUAAGAUGAUGCGUGGUGUGCCCGGUGUGCGAGCGGAACGGUUCGCAGAGGCUAUGCGUAUCCGACACUGUGCUCUCAGUUUGGUCGGCGAGCCUAUCUUUUAUCCCCACAUCAACGAGUUCCUGGAUAUGCUGCACACCGAGCAUAUUUCUAGCUUCCUUGUCUGCAACGCCCAACACCCUGAUCAAUUGGAGGCCUUGAAGCGUGUUACGCAACUGUAUGUAUCCAUUGACGCAAGUAACCGCGAGAGUUUGCGGAAGAUUGACCGCCCUCUUCACCGGGAUUUCUGGGAACGCUUCCAACGCUGCCUGGAUAUCUUACGAGAAAAGCGUCAUGUGCAACGCACUGUAUUCCGGCUUACACUAGUCAAAGGCUUUAAUGUCGACGAUGAAGUAAUUGGGUACGCCAAUCUUGUUGAAAAAGCGCUGCCCUGUUUUAUUGAGAUUAAGGGGGUGACAUACUGUGGCACAAGCACCAGCGCGGGAGCGGGACUGACCAUGCAAAAUGUCCCAUUUUAUGAGGAGGUCACUGCAUUUGUUGUUGCCCUAAACAAAGAACUUGAGCGCCGUGGCCUCCAGUACGGCAUCGCUGCAGAGCAUGCACACAGUUGCUGUGUGUUGAUUGCAUCGGAGCGUUUCCAUGUCAACGGAAAGUGGCACUCUCGCAUCGACUACGACCGUUUCUUCGAAUUAUUGGAAAAGGAGAAAGCUGAUGGCACUUCUUUCUCUCCCGAGGACUACAUGAGGGAAACAGAGGAAUGGGCGCAGUGGGGAAAUGGUGGCUUCGACCCGAACGAUGAGCGGGUGUACAAGAAGGGUAAAAACAAGGCUAUUCAGGCUGCUCCAGAGUCUUGA